UUUAAAUUUCUUUUUCCCCCAAAGCAAAAAAAUUGAUUCAAUUCCCUCUUCCUCUUUCUCUUCUUCUUCUCCUCCUUCUUCUUCUUCUUCUCCUCCAUCCUCACUUUCCUUCAUUCCCGCCAUGGCUAGGGCAACUGUUGAGCUUGAUUUCUUCGGUCUCGAGAAGGAGGCUUCCUCCAAGUCUCAGUUUCACUCUCUCCUUCAUCGCAAGAGAAGUUUUCGAGGCAUUCACAACGCCAUUUCCAAGAUCGAUCCUCAGCUUCUCAAAUCUGUCAUUGGCUCUGCCUCCAUUUCUCUGCCUCCUACUCCUGAAGCUGCUGCUAACCACAACGUCCUCUCGCCUUUGCCUCUCUAUACACCUCUCUACAGGCCUACUGCUUCUGAAUCGCUUCAACAUACAUCUCAGAUGACUAUCUUUUACAACGGAACUGUUGCCGUUUUUGACGUUCCUCGUGAUAAGGCUGAGAACAUUCUGAAACUUGUUGCGGAAGGAAAAGCGGAAGGCAAUCCUACGGUUGCUAUUCCAUCCACCGACCACCAGCAACACUUGCUUGCAUCUCUUGAUGGAGAUCUUCCAAUUGCAAGAAAGAAGUCGCUUCAGAGAUUCUUAGAGAAGCGUAAGGAGAGGUUGACUACGGCUUCACCAUAUGCAUUCCCCUGCCCCCACCUAACUUAGAUGAUGGAGAAGAUCAAAUCAACAUUACGCGUUUUCUGACACAGAUAAAUCUCUCUUUUGCCUUUAGUUAAGAAAAAUAUUCAAAAGGAUAUAUAUAUAUAUAUAUAUAUAUAUAUAUUAUAUAUGAUCUUAUUUUUAUGCCCCGGAGGUUACGGUAGCAACUUCCUUUUGGACUUCCUUUGUAUAGCCAUAGGCCCAUAGGCCACAUAAUGUUAUAGCAACUUAGUGGUAUUGGGGGUAGAGAGUUCUUCGACUUUGAUUGAUAAUCCCUUGUUAUUUUGUUUUUUUGUUAUUUUUAAUUUUAUAUGAUAGCUACCUGACUUUUUCUAAUUUGCUAUUUCUUUCAAUUGUUAUUGAAUUCCAACUUUAUGGCUUCUAUUUGGGAUUUUGAAGAAUCAGAAAUGUUUGUGGAACUUUGAUCCUUUGAAUACUAGAUUUGAUUGUUAUUAUUAUUAAUAAUAAUUCUCGUAGACUUUUGAAGUCAA